AUGAAACUACAAAAUCAAUUGAAUCAUCGUGGUUUAGCCGAGUUGGCCAAAAAGUAUGGUGGUAUUUUACAUCUUCAAAUGGGUAAAAUUCAUAUUGUAUCCGUUUCGACUGCUGAAAUGGCCCGCGAAAUUCUUCAGGCUCAAGAUGUGGUUUUUGCAAACCGGCCAGCUAACGUCGCGAUCUCAUAUCUUACUUACAAUCGGGCUGAUAUGGCAUUUGCGAACUACGGUCCAUUUUGGCGUCAAAUGAGGAAGAUUUGCGUUAUGAAGCUCUUUAGCAGAAAAAGGGCCGAAUCAUGGGCCUCGGUACGAGAAGAAAUUGAUUCGAUGGUUCGAACUCUGACCAAACAAACCGGUUUUCCGGUUAACGUUGGCGAGCUUGUAUUUGCUUUGACUCGGAACAUAACGUACCGAGCUGCGUUUGGGUCGUUCGCUCGCGACGGUCAAGAAGAGUUCGUCAAGAUACUACAAGAGUUCUCGAAACUCUUUGGAGCGUUUGAUAUCGCGGAGUUUUUACCGUGGAUGAGAUGGUUUAGCAACCGCGGUUUCGACAAACGGUUAGAAAACGCUAGGAAAUCUCUAGAUGGGUUCAUAGACAAAAUCAUCGAUGCACAUAUCGAAAAGAAGAAAUCGCGAAAACAUGACGAUGAUGGCUUGGACGAUGACAUGGUCGAUGAACUAAUGGCGUUUUAUAGCGGCGAAAGCGGUAAUAAAUCUAAUGAUUCUCAGUCUUCACUUAGACUCACAAGAGAUAACAUCAAAGCCCUUGUCAUGGAUGUGAUGUUUGGCGGUACGGAAACGGUUGCGUCUGCGAUUGAAUGGGCAAUGACUGAGCUAAUGAAGAAUCCUCACGAGCUAGUGAAAUUGCAACAAGAACUAGCUCAAGUAAUCGGUUUAAACCGUCGAUUUCACGAAACCGAUCUCGAUAAUCUUCCUUACUUCAAAUGCGCGAUCAAAGAGACAUUGAGAUUACAUCCACCGAUUCCGCUUCUCCUCCACGAAGCUGCGGCGGAUUCCGUCGUCUCUGGCUACUCGAUUCCCCGUGAUUCACGAGUCAUGAUCAAUGUGUACGCAAUUGGUCGAGAUGGUUCGGUUUGGACCGAACCGGAUAAGUUUAAACCGGGUCGGUUUAUGGAAAGUAAAGCUCCGGAUUUCAAAGGUAGUGAUUUCGAGUUUCUUCCGUUCGGGUCGGGUCGGAGAUCGUGUCCGGGUAUGCAAUUAGGACUUUAUGGUAUGGAACUCGCCGCCGCGAAUAUGCUUCAUUCAUUUGAUUGGGAAUUACCGGAAGGAGUUAGCUCCGGUGACUUGGACAUGACUGAUAUGUUCGGUCUCACGACGCCUAGAGCCACCAGGCUUAUCGCCGUUCCUAGAUACCGGCUAAAAUGUCCCAUGGAUAUUUGA